GUUUCUUGCUCUUUUGUCGACGCUUCAGCAUCGCAGAACGUCCAUGGUUUUAUAGCCGAAGAAACGCGAAGGGCGCCAGGACACUCCUACAGUUGCCAUGGUCAAGCCUUCGCCUCAACUAUGCGCCCGCCUGCGCUUCACCACCAAGCAGGUUGGCCGCGGAUUCUACCGCGGAAAUCGAGCUGGAGCGAUGGGUGCUCACACCGAAUUCGGCCGUUACGUGAUCGACUGGCGGAAGACUGUACAUUAUAACAUGCCCGAGAUGAAAGACUUUCCACUCACACCCUUCGUGACCAUGGAGAUGGAACCGAAAAGCAGAGCCGAGGAUCGCCCCGACGGGACGACGUACGUACCGAGUCGGAUCGAUGCGCUGGAAUUCCUGAGAACUUGGAAAAAGAUCAAUCCAUUGGAGUAUGAUGGCAUUGUCGCUCAUCAGGAGGAAGAACGCCGACGGUUUGCGGCUGCAACAGCUGAACAGAACCAUGAGGAGACGCAGGAGCAGGAGCAGGGGCAGGAGCAGGAGCGGGCCCAGCAGGAGGCUGAACGGUGGGCCCGAGAACAAGCGCAACAGCGACCCCAGAAGCGGAUUCAAAAGCAAGUACAACAACAAACGCGAUCCAUCCAUACGACCAGGAGAUUGCGGACACCUGCCCAGGCUCCCGUGGUCCCAGAGCAACCCGACCAGCCGGGAAAGGAGUGGAAUCAAAUGUCCAGAGCUGAAAGGAAGGGACUGGUCAACAAAGCCACCACGUCGGAACUACGCCAGCUCAGACGAGAGCGCAAGGGCUCCAAAAUCACACCGCAGGAGAAGAAGGAAACCAAGAAAGAUGUCAAAGUGCGGCUGAGAAGGGAACUUCUUGGCAAAGGACUGUUCCAGGACGAGAAGGAGCUCCAAAAGCUGUUGACGGAAGAAGGCCGUCGGAGGAAGCGAGCCGGUCUGCCUCGCGCGACGGACGAAGAGAAGGGCCGAUUUUUGGACGGGUUACAGCACAAGACCGAGGCGAAGGGGCUGUUUGACAAGAUAUUCGGUGGAGGAAGGCAAUGACCAGAAUGCUUGCCCGCUAAAGCCUUGCCCCGACAUGGUAGAGGCUUUCAGACGCCCUCGAUGAGGAAUUCGCGCUGGCCAGCUGCCGCGCAUUGGGAGCCACUUGCUGCGGAGUGGCUUUAGCAGCGACGCAGUCUGAACUGCUGUUCACGCGACAAGGCAUCUUUGUCUGAAGGCCUCCCAGAGUUGGAAGCCUAUGGCCAGCCUCAUCGAACCACACAGCGCGGGGAACCAUGAGAGGGUACUGAGAAUUGCAAUUCCGGGGGAACAUUGCGAGCGUUGGACAGAGCCAUGUCACAUGUAUUAUUAUACUGCCUUGGAGGACGGGUGGUGGCGUAUAUCUACAGCGGCCCUGUCAAAGGCCUGUCUGUGGUUUGUCCGCCGCUUCCUCCUGCAAGCCUGCAAUACCCGUUUCUUCCACAUCGUCCCCCGAAACAUCCGCAACGCCAAGCCUCCAGUGCCCAUUGUCGAUGCCGGUGCCAGAAAGGGAGGAUCAGUAUAGAACAGUGUUCGUACUUAGUGGUAUCACGAGGGCAUGGUAUUAUGUAGUAAAACGAGGCCACUUUGACAAUCCCAUCCAGUGCAUAGAGGGUGU